AUGUCCACCACAGCUGCCAGCACCAUCCAAACAGAUGACAGACCAGAGACCGGUUUAACGACAACAACGAGAACAACGACAACAAUGACAGAAAAUGCAUCUGUUGUUAUUAUCUCACCCGCAACCAUUGCAACUACUAUAACAGGUCAUGGUCCACAAGAUUUAAAUGGCACAACUGCUGAGGUUUCUUUGACUUAUACAACACCACUCACCAAAACUACUACAACCACCACAGUGGCUGAGAACACAGGAACUUCCACAACUGAUGUACAAACAACUGAUGAAGCAGUCUACCUGUUGAAUCAAACACAGGCUGUAUCUCUGCUCAACGCCUCUCAAGUGUCAGUGUUGGUUGAGACACUGGAGAAGCAUCUGGACAGUCCCUCUGUUUCACCAUCAGUGGUAAUCAAAGUUGUCAGUAACUUGAUGGACAGUAACCCUGAGGCACUCUCUGAAUCUGCAAACAGGCUGAUUCACUUGGUGGAUAAUCUGGGUGUUAAACUGGCUGUCACUGGUGGCGAUGGAAUUCUGUCAACCAGUUCCUUAGUUGUUGCUGUGAAAACAGUGAAUGGGAGCAACUUCACAACAAUCCUUUUUGAUGUUUUUAACACUGAUCAUGUCCAGUUCAGUGGCCCAAACAGGACCAUGAAAAGCUCAGAGCCUGCUUUGGCGUCUGUGUACUUGCCUGCCUCCCUCACAUCUGGUAUCAGCCCUGAAGAGCAGAAGCAGGCCAACAGUGUCCAGUUUACUUUCUAUGCAAAAAAUUCAUUCUUUAAGGAUGCAUCAUUAGAUAAUAAAACUCUUGUCAGCGCAGUUCUAGGCUCAAGUGUGGCUAAUCUGUCAAUUAGCAACCUGAGUGAAAACAUUGAGUUCACCAUCCGAAACAGCAACCCAGUUCAUGAAAACUACACAGCCAAAUGUGCAUUUUGGGAUUUCACGCUGAAUAGUGGUGGAGGAGGCUGGAGCUCUGUUGGCUGCUUUGUGGUCAACAGCACCCCUGAAUAUACAAUCUGCAGCUGCAGCCAUCUUACAUCCUUUGCAGUACUGCUGGAUUUGUCCAGGCAGGAACUUCCUGACCAGAAGAACACACAAAUUCUUACUUUCAUCACCUACAUCGGCUGUGGAAUCUCUGCUAUUUUUCUUGCUAUCACAUUGCUGACGUAUCUUUCUUUUCCAAAAUUGCUAAGGGAUAUACCAGCCAAGAUCUUGGUCCAACUCUGUUUAUCUCUGCUCUUCCUGAACUUGGUGUUCCUGCUGGACAGCUGGCUGGCGAGCCACAACAAUACAGGCCUCUGUAUUUGUACUGCCUUCUUCCUGCACUACUUCCUGCUGACAUCAUUUACAUGGGCGGGGCUUGAGGCCCUGCAUAUGUAUCUCAGCAUUGUGCGAGUUUUUACACCCUACCUGAGCCAGUACAUGCUGAAGUUCACUCUGAUGGGUUGGGGUAUUCCUCUUGUCAUUGUAAUUAUUGUGAUAUCCAUGGACAAAAACAACUAUGGUGUGAUUAAUUAUGGAAAACACACAAAUAGCACUUCUGAUAACUUCUGCUGGCUGAGUAAUAACAUAGCCUUCUAUGUGGGUGUGGUGGCCUAUUUCCUCCUGAUCUUUAUCCUGUGCUUGCUGGCCUUCAUCGUUGUUAUGGUACAGCUUUCACGGAUCAAGAAGCAGAACCCCCACAACCAGUCUCCCAAAAGAAGUGUUAUGACUGAUCUGCGCAGUGUCACCGGCCUCGUCAUCAUCCUCGGCCUUACCUGGGGGUUUGCUCUGUUUGCAUGGGGACCCCUCUACUUACCCUUUGUUUACCUUUUUUCUAUAUUCAACUCUCUGCAAGGUUUCUUUGUCUUUGUUUUCCACUGCGCUAUAAAGGAGAAUGUCCGCAGGCAGUGGAGAACUUACCUUUGCUGUGGAAAACUGCGACUGGCUGAGAACUCAGAUUGGAGUCGGACAUUCACACAAAACAAGAAUAUCUCUCGCUCCACUGCAAUUACCUUGGAUCCAAAGUUCACUUCUCGAAGCUCCUCUGUUGUCAGUUAUGGCACCAAUAGCAGUGGCUCUGUGUUCGCGGACAGCGGAAUAUCUGACAGCUCCAACAAUGAUGUCGUCCUCAACGAGAUUCACAGGGGAAAUCUGACACAAGGCAAAACCACCAAGUGACUCUACCUGAGCUUUCUUUUGUGAUUACAGCCAAUUCCAAGAAAGGAUCUCUGGGAGUUCACAAGAUACAAAUUGGAGGAGUAGUUUUCCUUAAGAAAGCCUUAAUGUUACAAAAAAUGAAGGUUUGAUGAAGGACUAAAGAGGAUCAAGGACAAAUGAGACCUUUAUCUAAAUACCUUUAGAGAAGAAGAAAUCAAAAAGUGGAGAAUGUUUUCAAUUCUACACUAAUAGUAUAAAUAAUGGAAGAGGUUUUUUUUAGCAGAGAUAAGGUGUUUUUAUGACUGAAAAUAUGAUUUGUUUUAUUGUUACAGCUGUGACUCAGUGUUAGUGCUUCCUCUCAUUGCAAAGCUACUACUGAAACUAAAACAUUACAUUGAACUGCAUUUACUUGGUAGCCAAGACCAGAUGCUGUCAGCAUUGUAUAGAUUAUUAUCUGGCUAUUUCUUUGAGGCUAUAUUCAUUUCGUGAACAGACAAAUGAAGGAAUUUCCAGUCUUAACUCUACAUUUCAGUGCCUUUGCCAAAUUCUAAGUUUAUUCUGGCAGUGUCAAAUGGCACUUUGGGAUGGAUUUAGCUACCUACAGAGACAAGGUCGAUUGAUGCAAAAUGUGCACAUGCCAAACUCAGCUGCUUGAUCAUAUCUAAUAAAAGAUGAUAUCUGCAAGAUUAUUUAAGGGUGCAGUUCUGAGUUAAAUAUUGUAUUAUUCACUACAUUAUAGAGGGUUUUUUUUAUUUGGUUCAGACAUGCUUUUUAUGAAAAAAAAAAAAAAGAUUUGAAAUAUUUUCAUGUGGCAAACUGAAGCACAAUCAAAAUAUGGGAUUUAUGUCCUGUCCUUUUUAACAAGGACACAUUUUGCUAAAUGUCCUUGGAAGGCCAUUUGCAUGCCAUGAAAGAUGAAAUAAAAAAGAAAAAACUAACUUCAGCUUGUCACCUGCCCAGCUGCUCUCCCUUUUUUUGCAUCAGACUUUCACAUCUACUCCACAUCUUUACAUCUUUAAUCAAACCCUUUCAACAGGAGGGGGAAAAAAGCUACAAUUAUGAUCCCAGCAGACAACCCUCUCAUCACCGUGUUGAGUAACCUUCAGCAGAGCAUCUCACGCCCACCCAGCACCAGUUCAAUCGCAGCCUGUCAAGGUCAGCCUCAGAGGUCGGCAGCAGUUAGCUAUUAAAAGUUUUACAUGAUUUCCAACCUCAGAACAGGGCGACCUCUAAUGUUAAGCCCAUGAGUGAGAAAUGCUGGGAGAAAAAUGAAGAGCUGGAGGCACAGAUGUUACACUGAUGAGCAUGAAUACCAUAAAUUAAAUUUAAUCCUGAAUGCCCAAUGCCAAUCAAUCCUAAUUCUGCUUGAAAUCAUAAUCACUGUUUUUUUGUAAACCAAAUGUUUUGUUUACCAGCUGCCUUCUAGUUAGAGUAAUUUUAAGUUCACUCAAAAUUUUAAGGGCAUAUAUUGAUGCAGUUUAAACAGUCUUUAUUUGUGGUAUUGACAGUCAUGUUAUGCAAUGCCAUUAUACCUUAUCACCUUUGUUUUACCUGUUUAUGUUUUAAUUUUUGACUUUGUGACCCCACUGCGGUCUUUAAGAUCCUUGAUGUCAUGUCUUUUGUCUCUGUUUAACCCUCACAUGCAGAAAACUCCAAAUUGGAGCUCAGGAGUUAAUGCAUCCCGCUUCACAUGGAAUAAGGCAAAAAAGGUUGUCUUACCAGCUGCCAUACUUUAUUGCCAAACAAAAUGUGUAUGUAUUUGUGCACAUAUAAAUCAUUAAAUAAAUAAAACAGUUUAUAUUUAUAUAUUUUCUGUAUUAAUGGCAUUUUUAAUUGCUAAUGGUAAUGUAGUCAUGGUACCAUUUGGGUACUUGGUAAGAUUUGUCUUAUGGUACAAAGCUAUCUUAGUAUCGUAGUUUCAAUAAUUAUUCACAUAUUGUGGUGUAAAGUACUUUUAUUAAGCCUUUUGAACCCUGGCUAUGACGAAUAAAAGUAAAAAAUAAUAGGGUGUGUGUUCUCACAAUGUUCUACAGAGAGUAAAGCUUUUAUUUUAAAGCACUUCUAUAGAUGGGCAAAUUUCAGUUUCACUAAAUUUCAUUAAAUCAUAUCUGUUUAUGUAUCUUUUUCUAUACACCCACUUGUGCUCUUCACCCUCAGGCAGUCAUCUUGUUUGCAUUGACA